AUGGACAACCUUACCUUCCGUACUAUCGAGGACCACCUUACCAUCAUCGGUGACCAAUUGGUUCUGCCAGAACAAACAGGUGGCACGGAACAGGCGAUGAUGCAACACCUCUGGGCAUUGUCCGACAGGGCAGCCCUUCAUCCCCAAUCAAUAUCAUUCCUUAUCCAUCUCAACGUUGCCAAACAGUGCCACAAUAUCGCCUGUGGAAGACGUCUGCACGUAUCGAGAUGGAUAGCGCUGCAAAGGCAGGACAACAGAGAGAAUCCAGAAUGGAACAGGCGGUUCGCUGGUUCUCUCGCAAAUGAUGUCCUGCUUUUGUGGCAGGUUUUUCGUAUGCCAUGUUUGGAAUUGCUGGAGAUUGGGUAUGCCGCUUCAUGUCGUCCUCGUGGACUUAGGGAUAUUGUCCGUUCGUGCCAGCAACUCCUUGAUGAUCGCCAGCCCCUACCACGGUGCCUUCUCGUUGCGCAAGAACAACUGCACAAGUACGUAAUUCAAAAUGCACCUCGUGUGAUUAUAUUGGGUCGAUUUAAAUUAAUUAAAUAGAGAAAAAUACAUGGGUACGCGGAACGAGAAAUAAAUCUGGUAUUUCCAAGCACCCAUGUAUUUUUCUGUUAAUUAUAUAAAGACAGUCUUUGAAAAGCGAUAAUUUUUCCAGAAAAGCGAUCAUUUUCACAUGUGAGAUUAUCACUUUUAUCAGUGCUCGAAUCUCUAUAAAGCACUAUACUUUAUAUAAUAAUUAUCGAUAAAAUUUAUCCUUUCAGAUACGCACUACGCAUCGAAACCUCCUUUCCAGAAGACCGAAUCGGGGAUGGGGAUGGCUUGAGCGGACUGCGUGUUGUCAGCGUUGGAAGUUGGAUAAAUCGAGACGGGGACGAUGUUAUCGUAAAUGACCAGUCAUUGUCUGCCUUGCUCUGGAGGAACAUCGAAGCGAAGAUUGGCAGGCGCGAUGACUUACCGGGAACUCGCCAGAGAUGUCGGUUGGUAGGAUUCGACACGCAGGAGGUAAGGUCUAAAAUUUUACUAAUUGUCUACGAAAUCUGUUAGAAACGUUGAAAGAAACGUUAUUAAUUAAAACCUGUCUUUCAGGUUUGUCACGAGUUGGCUUGCCAUCAACAUUACGCAGAGCAAGGUAGACAAUGGCUGGAAGCCAGGAUGACGCGCCUACAGCAAGAGAUCGGCAAUGAAGAACAAGCUGUUCUUUUAAUGGAUGUCUUCGGUGUGGACCAGUACGGGCGCCUGCUGGCAGACGUCCGUGGUGCGAGAGUUGGCCAAGACAGUCACAUUUUGCAACGCUGGACGUUUGCAGAAGAGUGCGUGGCAGCUGGUUGGGCGCAUACCACACCGCUAUACGUACAGCCGCAUCGUGUUGGCCAGGCUUUAGAGGCGGCACGAACGAACAGGAUCGGCGCCUGGGGUCUGCAAACAGACGAAAGGCCGUUUCAAGGUAAAUCAAAAUUCAAUUUGUUUCAAUUGGAAAUAUUCGAAUUAUAAAUAACUGUUAAAAAAAGCCAGAUUCCUUUGAUUAACAGACCGUGUUCAUUUUUUUAGCCCCUUACUUAUGCAGGAGAUUGCAUCGCGAGCAGGUGAACAGGGAGGGCAGGAGGAGAGAGUUCUGGUUGCCGCGAUGAAUUAUAGGUACGAUUGUACGAGACAUGAAUGUAACAGCAUGCUUUGA